UGUAACUCUUAUGGGUGGGUGUUGCUUUAUGUUGUGCAAUAGAUGUAUGUGGUUCAUUUCGUCUCUACAAACGCACUGUGAAAGCAUCCCAUCCGAGUGAUUUAUUCAACAGCUUCUUUUCAGCUACAGGAUCAAGAUGGUAGACACAAAAGAAGAUAACCAGCCACGUUCAGCCACUGAACAAAACACAAAAUUCAUCUGGUCACCCAAGGGGAUGAUUUUAGCUCUUGAAAUUGCUCUGUGCACCAUUAUGACUAUCUGUAAAGCAGUAUCCUUUGAAUGUUACUUGUGGGGCUGCAUCACAGAGCUGGUCUGGGCCAUUCUCAUAUUCAUCAUUUAUGCCAUGGACCUACUUACCCACCUGUACUUAUCACUGAUGUAUUUCCAAUGGCUGGACUUAUUCAGAGCAAUCACAGGAUCAGUCCUCCUUUUUGUUACUUCUCUUAUCUGUCUUCGCUGGGGAUGGGAAAUUUCCGGGGAAGUUGCUGGUUCGAUCUUUGGUUUGCUGGCAGCAGCAGCGCUUGGAUAUGAUGCUUUUGGCAUAAUCAAACGCAUAAAACAUCUGAAACAGGAGGAGGCGACUUUGACUGCUAAUGUUAUGGUCGAAAAUGUGGUUCACUGAAUACAUCAGGAACUCCUAAAGUUUUCACAUUCUGUAUGUUUACAGUUGAUAAUUUUGUAUAUUUUUGUCAUUUCUUGUUAACAUCUAAAAAUCUAGAUUAAAAUGAGAACAUUUUCAAAUAUACUUGUUCAUGUUAUGAAACUAAAGAGUGCAAUUAUUAGCCUGUUGCAUAUUUGCUGUUGGAGAUCAAUAAUACACAUUAAUAUACAAAACAUUAAGUGAGAUUUUAACAUUUUAUUAAGAACCAGCUUUUACAAAACCAUAUAUAUAAAGGUAUAAACACAAAAAAAGAGUUCAAAAGGUUGUGUUCCCAAAAUUCUAAUUUACCUAUAUGCCUCUCUAAUUCAAAAACCCUACAAUAAAAAAAAAUAUUCACAAUAUCAAAGUAAGACAUUUAAUACACUUAACCAUAAAAUUGCUUAGUAAAAAUGAAUAAAAGACAAAAAAUAAUAAUAAUAAAAGACUAAUGAUUUAAAAAAAA